CAGACGGAGACGUGCCUUCCUCAGACGUCCGGUCGAACAACUGAUUGUCCAAAUAUCAGGGACACUAUGUUUCGGGUAUCUGAGCUGUCGCGAUCUUCUGUCCAGGCAGCUUACGACACGAUCAAGCCGUUCGUCCACCGAACGCCUCUCUUCACCUCCUCGUCUCUCUCAGCAUCCUUGCCGGGUGGCAACACGCUCUACUUCAAGGCCGAAAACCUGCAGAAGGGCGGAGCCUUCAAGUUUCGUGGCGCCAGCCACAGCCUCGAGCGUCUCACUCCAGAGCAGCUCGCGAAGGGCGUCUGCACGCACAGUUCAGGAAACCACGCGGGUGCACUCGCCUUGGCCGCCAAAGAGCGCGGCACCCAGUGUUUCGUCGUGAUGCCGUCCAACUCGUCGCAGCCCAAGAUAGACGCCGUCCGGGGGUACGGUGCGGAGAUAACGUUCUGCGAGCCCACCGCCACGGCGCGGCAGACGACGCUCGAGGCCGUGCAGGCGCGGACCGGGGCGACCUUCGUGCCUCCGUACGACGCCGCGGACACCAUCCUCGGCCAGGGCACGGCGUUCCUCGAGACCCUGGAGCAGGCGCCCGAGCCGCUCGCGGCCGUCGUCGCGCCCGUCGGCGGCGGAGGCCUCCUCGCGGGCACCGCGCUUGCCGCACACGGGACUGGGGUAAGGGUCUUUGGGGCCGAGCCCGCCGGCGCCGCUGAUUGUGCGCAAGGCCUCAGGGAGGGCAGCCGCGUCGAGGAGGUCGUGCCGGACACCAUCUGCGACGGCCUUCGCACGCCUGUCGGGAAGCUCAACUUUCCUGUCAUCCAAGAGAAGGUCGAGGGUGUCGUUGUCGUUUCGGACGAGGAAGUUGUUGAGGCGAUGAAGUUGAUGUGGGAAAGGCUAAAGCUUGUGGUCGAGCCCAGCAGCGCUACAGCGUUCGCGGCCGUAAGGAGCAAAGCCUUCCAGUCGUUUGGUAUUGAUGGUCCUAUUGCCAUCAUUAUCAGCGGUGGGAACGUGGACUUGUCCAAGCCAUUGCCGUGGACGAAACAGUAACCUCGGUCCUCGGGUGUCAUGUAUCAGGGACGGACAUGAAGGCUUCAAAUGCCGUCAGUUGCCGUGGUAGACAAACAAUGUAUCGCGAUACAUAAC